UGAAGGCUCCAGGUUCAGGAGAAGGAGCUGCCUUAAGCUAGGGCAGUAAGAGUCUUGCUUGUCACAACCUCAGGCAGACUGCAAGGAUUUCCUCUAGGCUGGUGAGUGGGAAGCAAAAGCCAUCCCCUCUUGCCCCAUCACACACAGCAUGGAUGUUUGCAGCUCCAGUCUGCAAUUCCCUCCCUUUAGCUGGAAAAUGGUUAAUACUGUGGUUCCUUCUGGUGUAAUUUUCAUAUGACUGACCACAGAACUAUUAAUACCUGAACCCAGAGCUGGUUCAGCUAAACAACUCAUUCCCUCCAAGCAGAAGAAAACCACAACUUCUUCUACCCCUGGAAAAACCUUUUGUGACUGCAAGACCAGCAGCUGAGACAUAACGAGAUGGUUCUGGUUUGCUGAUGCCUCCCAGGGGAGAACAUCGAGCAGCAUGAAAGAGCUUGGCUUGGUUCUCCUCUGCCUCCUUCGCAUCUCCAGGAAGGGUGUGCAGUGCAAUGGCUGGUCUGUCCACGUCCCAUCUGAUGUUACUGGAGAGCUUGGGAAGAUGGUUAUCCUGCCCUGCACCUUCACACACCCCUACAAAACAUUUGACCGGGCCCUCACGGCCAUCUGGAGGAUCAAGGAGCCUUACAACGGCACAGUCAUCUUCAAGUGUGUGAGCCAGGGCAGCAGCGAGCUCUGCAAGACUGCCAUCAGCCACAAGAACAAGUACAAACUGCUGGGCAACCCCCGGCACAAGGACCUGUCCAUCAGGGUUGACAACCUGACCUGGAGCGACAGCGAGAGGUACUUCUGCCGGGUGGAGCUGGCCGGAGAUAUCCAGGACAAGUACGAGAGCAGGAACGGGAUAAAGCUCCAUGUGAUUGCUGCCCCCAGGAUCAUUAACAUCACGGUCAGCUCCAGCAGGGACCACACCUUCCAGGCCCGCUGCACGGCCGAGGGGGAACCAGCUCCUGCCCUGACCUGGAGCGGGCCCCUCUACAGCAACCUGAGCUCCAGCAGCAGCUCCAGCCACCGCGUCACCAAGGAGCUGCGGUCCCUGAGCCACGACGGGAAAUACACCUGCACUGCUGUCAACAGCCACGGCCGCGCAGAGGGGGCCGUCUACUUCUACAAAUUCAGAGCCCCCGACAGCUCCUCCUUCAUGAUCCUGAUCUUUGUGCCGCUGGCAAUCAAGGUGGUCAUUCUGCUGGUGAUAGUGAGCUUCGCCGUGUUCUCCAGAGAAGGUUCCCCCUCUGCUCCACCCAGCCUGGCCAGGCCACAGCUGCCAGAGUGCACCUACGAGAACUUUGACCGCAGACACGGCGGCAGCCAGACCCUGCCCACGGGAGGGGCAGCGCCGCGGCGCAGCUGAGGGGCCGGGCAGGACCCAUCCCCAGGGAUGUCCUUCCCCAGGGAGCACAGCACUGGCCCUGGCUGAGCCACAGCAGGUCAGACAACCUCAGGGAGACUGGAACUGCAUCAUCUCUAAGGUCCCUUCCACAAUGCCAAGAGUUCCAGCCCUGCAUCUCCUCACAAGUGAGAGC